ACAAAAAUUUUCGACGCAGUGUUCAUGAUUAUUUUACAAUUUCGGGUUUGUAACCGAAAAUAUUUAAAACAUUUGUGAUUUUUUCAAUUUUUGGUUUAAUAUAUCCACACAAUAUUCAAAUCAAUUGCCUUUGUUAGGAUUUAGAAAGUAAAGUGAUUGAUUUGACUGUUGUAAUGAAACAAAUUUCAAACGUUCCAGUCUGAAGUGUGUAGCUAGCUCGAUAUAACUGUCAAUCUGGGAGUAGAAAUUUAUUUUGUAAUUUUCACCGGUUCAUAUGUGUAAUUUCUCAAUGUGUUAGACACUAUUUCAUUUACCGUGGAUAGCAAAAUAAUGUUCUAUAGUGUAUGUGGUGUAUAAACUUGUGCAAAAAUGGAUGACGGCACCGUGAAGAUCCAAUCCGGAAUUAACAUCAACAUAAAAAGAACAGAUGGCCGGAUCCAUUCAGCCAUCGUGUCCGGGGUGAACCAGGAGACGCGGUCCGUCACAGUGGAAUGGUACGAGCGUGGCGAGACCAAGGGCAAGGAGGUGGAAAUCGACGCCAUCUUGGCCCUCAAUCCAGAACUAGCCGUCGGCCCUAGGCACCACACGCCGCAUCUCCAGCCCAUGCCUAACAAACUCGCUAGGGACAUGACGCGGCAAUCGAUUCCUGUGGCGACGAAAGCGCCAUCUCGCGUCACCCGCAACAACCAAAUGCGGUUGUCGAAUGCGGGCGGGGGCUACACAAACGGGCAUGGCGGGGACACAACGGGGCGUCGGGGCGCGGAGAACGUGCCGCCCCCGCAGCCGCAGCAGCCACAGCCUAACUCCAGGGUCACACAGCAGGCGCCGACAUCUGGCGGCCGCUCUCGGUCGGGCAGCACGCCGAGCGCGGCUUCUGUCAACCAAGGUCAAGGUCAAUCGCCUUACGUGCCGCACAUGCAGAGGCGACUGCACAAUGUAAAAGAGUUCAACCCCCCGGUGGGGGCGGGAGGCGCGCGGCCGGCGGGCGUGUCCAGCACGAUCUCGGUGCCGCACGCGGUGGCCUCGGGCGCGGUGCGGAGGUCUAAUGUCGUCAAGGAGGUGGAGCGGCUGAAGGAGAACAGAGAGAAGAGGCGGCAGCGACAAGCGGAGCUCAAGGAGGAAAAGGAAGCCCUAAUGAACAUGGACCCGGGCAACCCGAACUGGGAGUUCCUGGCCAUGAUCCGGGAGUACCAGAACAGCAUCGAGUUCCGGCCGCUGACGGGCAACGAGCCCGUGGAGGACCACCAGAUCACCGUCUGCGUGCGCAAGAGGCCGCUCAAUAAGAAGGAGCUUGUCAAGAAAGAGGUGGACGUAAUCAGCGUGCCGGCGAAGGACUUGAUGAUAGUCCACGAGCCCAAAAACAAAGUGGACCUCACGAAGUACCUCGAAAACCAGAAGUUCCGCUUUGACUACGCCUUCGACGACUCGUGCACCAAUGAAGUUGUUUACAAAUACACGGCCAAGCCAUUAGUAGCGACGAUCUUCGAGGGCGGGAUGGCGACUUGUUUCGCGUACGGUCAAACCGGCUCCGGCAAGACCCACACCAUGGGCGGGGACUUCCAGGGCAAGACGCAGGACUGCAAGAAGGGCAUCUACGCGAUGGCGGCGCGGGACGUGUUCAUGUACCUGCGCUCGCCCAAGUACAAGCCGCUCAACCUCAUCGUGUCCGCCUCCUUCUUCGAGAUAUACUCCGGGAAGGUGUUCGACUUGCUAGCGGACAAGGCGAAGCUGCGCGUGCUGGAGGACGGCAAGCAGCAGGUGCAGAUAGUGGGGCUGACGGAGAAGGUGGUGGACAACGUGGACGAGGUGCUCAAGCUCAUACAGCACGGCAACGCGGCGAGGACCUCGGGACAGACGUCGGCGAACUCGAACUCGUCGCGGUCGCACGCGGUGUUCCAGAUCGUGGUGCGGUCGCCGGGCAUGCACCGCGUGCACGGCAAGUUCUCGCUCAUCGACCUCGCCGGCAACGAGCGCGGCGCCGAUACCUCCUCCGCCAACCGACAGACCAGAAUGGAGAGCGCGGAGAUAAACAAAUCGCUCCUAGCGCUGAAGGAGUGCAUCCGAGCUUUGGGCAUGAAGGGCAACAACCACCUGCCGUUCCGCGUGUCCAAGCUGACGCAGGUGCUGCGGGACUCCUUCAUCGGGGACAAGUCCCGCACCUGCAUGAUCGCCAUGAUCUCGCCCGCCAUGUGCUCCUGCGAACACUCGCUCAACACGCUGCGCUACGCUGACCGCGUGAAGGAGCUGGGCACAGAAGGCCGCGGACGCGCGGAGUCGCCGCUGGCGGACGUGGAGAUGGCGCCUGCGCACGACGACCUCGCGCAGCUGCGCUCGCUCAACGAGGGUGAUAUGUCAGCAGAGAUGUACACGUUCCAUGAAGCGAUAGACGAGCUGCAGCGGGCGGAGGAGGAGGUGCUGGACAACCACAAGGCUAUCUCCGACUACCUCCAGCACGCGCUGCAGCGCUGCAACCAGCUGUUCUCCAUGACCAGGGACGUGGACUACGACCAGGACGCGUACGCGACGCAGUGGGAGGAGCUGCUGAACGAGCAGCUGGCGGUGCUGGCGCAGUCGCGCGACCUCGUGGCGGAGUUCCGCUGCAAGAUGCAGCAGGAGGAGCACCUCUCGCGCGGCAUCCGCCCGCAGCCGCGCCACCACUAGCGGCGUCUAUCUCGUUACCGGGCCUGAAUUUGAUGCUGUUUUUUGUGUUGUGUUAUUAUUGUUUUCUAUUUAUUUAUAUUAUUUUUCCUUGUGUUUAUGAAAAUUAUUUAUAGCGUGUUGUUGUGUUAUAGGUGAUUAUUCUGGUCUGAUACAAGCAAAACACAAACAUUACAUUGGUUUUUGAAUAUGAGAAUUAGGUAUAUCAAUUACAAUAACUGCAUUUUAUCCCAUACUUGGGCUAUACAAUUUAUAAGUUAGUCUGUAAAUUGUACUUUUUAUCUAUGUUGUAUUUAAAUGUGAAUCAUCAAACAGCAUAAAUUCAGACUUGGUUCCAGCAAUGUUGCGUCAUGAUAAGGGGCGGUCACGAUUCGCUAUAGGAUUGUAAAUAUAGCUAUAGCUUCUCAGUGAUUUAUUUGUGAAUCCGAAAUGUAUCAACUGCCUAAUAAGACAUCAGUAUCAAUGCGUUGCGUUAAUGAUUAAAUACUCGAAGUUUAUGUGCUAGUUUGCAUAAGUUGUAUGCAUGACAGUAACGCAAUAUAAAAAUUGUUAAUCAAUGUUGAAAAUGAGUGCGUGUGAAAGAGACAGAUUGAUCAUUGAUGUCUCAUUCGGCAGUUGGUAUUACUUGUCAAUCUCUUUGUGAUCAAAAGGAUUUUUGUAGAAUUGACAAAGGAUUUAAAUUCGUGGCCCCUAAAUAAUCUCUUGUGAAAUGAAGAACGUUUGCUAGUUGUAAGCACCCGAGGUCAUUGCCCGUCAAGAAGCCACAAUAUGGCGGCGAUCGUCGCAACUUGGAUUUUGGUCCGUAAUCAGUAUUUCAGUGCGCGAGCGGUAGCUGGCCUACUUUUCUGAAUUUGAUUUCAAGUGUCUAGGUUUCUCAUUAGUAUACAGUUGACAUUGUCGAUGUAAAGUGCCGUCUUGUUGUUAUGAAAUGAUAGACUGUUUAAUGUAGUGUUGUAGCACAAACUGCUGCGGCAGCGGACGGCGGGAGCUAGCUCCCGGGCACUGCGGUGAGGGUCGGGGUAAUAUCGGACAUUGACCCAUGAAUUCAUAGCUCAUUUGCUCGGCAAGAUUUGAUGCAAAAUGUACUCUGAAUUCCACUAGAGGUCAAUGUAGGUAUUGACCACUCAAUCGACCCUUAUAGUGCAGUUUUGUCAUGUGUAAAUUCCAGACCGCGAAAGGUGUGUUUAUUUUUAAUUUAUAUUCUCUUUCCUCAUUAAUAUUGACUAUAAUUUCGAUGCAUUUAACUUUCGCUAAAGGCCUACUUAUAAAAUUGUAGAUAUGUUGUAUUGAAUGGGAGAUGGCAAGUACAAAGUGUUAGUGAGGUCGAUCCCAGUGAAGUUGAUCAAUUUCAUGAUAUUUAUUAUUUGGGUUUCGACGAAUACUCGUGUAGUUGUGAAGACAGCGCGGUCGGCGGCGCUUCGGGAGCACGAGCCGCGCGGUAAGUUUUAGCAUUUGUUGUGCGUCGGUGGCACGACUCUUGCGUUACGAAUCACUUGUUGUUGUUGAUUUCUGAACGUGCUUUGGGAUCUUACGGAGGUCGCUAACAUAAAGAAAAGUUUGACAACGUUGUAUAGUAAUUUCGGUUUAUGCAAUUUUAAACCUAAAAGGUAAAGGGAAUAGGUUGUUUUUCUCCUGUCCGUUCAAUAACUUUUGUUUCUGUUGGCGACACGCUUUUGAUAUAAUAAAGGAUUUGUCAAGUCGUGAUGGUGACGCGUAUACAACUUGAUCUUUUUUAUUCGUGGAUUAUUAAAGUUUAAUCACCAUUAAUAACAGUUGUAACUCUAACAAUGGUUGUACUCGUGUCGCUCCUGCGCUAGAUUCCGGAUUUCUGCUGUGGAUACCAAGAGAUUAUCGUUCAUUCCGUUAGCUGAGAUUAGCUACAUACGUACAGUCAUAAUAGUAUAACAAAAUGGCGCUCGACGCCUUUGGAUUGCCGAGUUUUUCGAUCUGAUUUAGUUUCUUUUCUUUCGGAUUAUUUAUUUGUAAUUUAUAAUUGUAAUGAACUAUGACAAUUUGCUAAGUAAUCGGUACUUUUCAAAUUUGCUUUGUGUGACAAAUGUUAAUGUGACAAAUGGAACUUUGAUUUUGAAUGUUCAAAGGUAUGUUUAUAUUUGCCCAGUAUAUUGUUACAAUACGUCCAGCUACAUGAAGAACUGAUCAGAAUAUGUAUUUCCGUAAUGGUUUAUGAAAAAAUAACUUAUUUUUACUCAUCAUGUCAUUAAAAUAUCAUUUCAUAAAAAUCGUAAAAUUAGUUUUUUUAUUGUUAAAAAAAUUGUAAAACUACUUAAAAGACUUUCUAUGUUUGUAUGUAUAGCGUAUGUUUUGCUUUAGCCAUUUAUUUGCCUUGUGAUAAUUUAUUUUACGGUGUUUCUAAUCAAUUACAAAUGUUUUCAUUGAAAUCCAAUAGGAGAAAUAUUAGGAUGAGCUAGCUAGCUAAAUUGUUAAAAGUCCUAUUGCAUUCCAAAAAAACUACAGUUCUUUUAGUACACGAAAAAAUAAAAUAGAAAAUUGCAAUGGUGAAAAUAUACGAUUUCUGUAAUUGAUCAGAAAAACCGUUUUAUUUGUCAGCGCUGUGACGGGCGAGCUGUCUCUCUAAAUUAGUUCAGUCCGUGUGUGCUCAUAUACCGACACAACGUCCUAAUGGUUUUACAGUAAUGUCAUUCUUUGGCGUUAAUAAGGUGCUACACAAACUCAUAGUAAUAACUAGAAGUCUUGGAUUUCCUAUUUUUUGUUAUAGAAACUUGUAGAUAUUUUUACAUAACACACUUUAUUUUGAACAUUUCGAAAAUGUGUUACAGUUUUAGUGGAGAAUAAAUAAAAGGCGUGUGAGGAAACUUUCUACUUAUAAAAUUGUUGCUUUUGAAUAAUUGUAUAAACUAUUUGUUCAAAUCGGCGUAAAACGAAGCAUUUGUAAAACGUCAAUUUUAGUAGCGAAUUAUUUCUAAACUGGAUGUUUCUGCAAGCCUCUUAUUCGCUAGGACACAAGGAAUUAUGUUAAUAAAACUACAGAUGACCAUUGAGUGACAAUGUGCGAGUAAAAUAUCAACCAAUGAGACUAAUUCAUUUCAAAAAUGAAUUAAUCCUAUUGGCGGUCAUAUAUCCAUUCGUACAGUUGUUGGAAAAUCAACCUUAAAUUGACGUCAUAAAGUUCUUUUGCUUCCUAGUGUAUAACGAGGCAUUGCAUUAGUCAUCAGUUCCUACGCUAUAUUGAGACUUAUUUUGUGGUAACUAUGUAUACUAUGAUAGCUUAAACUUUAGAUAGUGCUUAUAAAUAAAUAAAUGAACAGGAUCGGUACUCUGCAUCAGAGUGACUGCGACGCCGAUGAUUGAUUGUACUGAACGAAAUCCGCUAUUUUGUACAUUAUGAUAUAACCUUUUAACCGUCAUUUUAGGAUCCCGACCAUUGGACAGAAAGGGAAGUUAUAUGCUUGCAUAUGUCCGAAACUGGAAACAUUAUGUAAACCGGAGAAAUUACGCCGGAAUCAAAGAAAAUUUAUUCGAAUUGAGAUCUGUAGUGGAAUUGGGCUCAUGAUUCCAUUAUGCUGGUUGUAUAUGAUAAACUAUGGCAUCAGGCAUUCAACAAAAUAGAAAUUAAAAAAAUAUAUUUUUUUUGUUCUUAAAAUCUGAAUAAAACAAUCCAAAAUGAAGGUUAAUUUAUCACUUUAUUGAUUUGUUUGUGCGAGGGAUUGGCGGUUGAAUGGUUAAAUAACUAUCGAGAUUGUAACUCGUCAUAUUUUUCGCCUGGAAUGAAUUAGUUUUGUAUAGAGGUUGCGUAAAUGGACAAGUGACGGAUGCGAGGUGCGACGGGCGCGCUCGUCUUGUCUAGUUGAAAUGCUUUAUUAUAAUAAACAUAUUUUAACAUCGCACAUAAUAAAUUAAUCGAAAUUGAAA